CCAUAGACUGUACUGACACCAGGGACCAAACAUGAGCGCAAACAUUCUCACUACAUUUUUACAUUUAACUACAAAAUAAUUCCCGAGUUUGGACCAUCCUUUGCGGACACACGCCUGGUUGGCUCCUCGUUGGAACACGCGCCUCGCUUUGUUCGUAGACAGCGCUGUUGAUACUCCUGCUAGUACUACUGCUACUGUAACGGAUUAACCCAGAGGACCAGAGCUACAGCUACAGAAGAAACGAUUUGAGGAUGGAUCAGGUCUCUGAUGAUGAGUUGGACCAUGGCGCUGAGGAGGACAGUGACAAAGAAGACCAAGAUCUGGACCAGAUGUUUGGAGCCUGGCUCGGAGAACUCGAUAAACUCACACAGAGUCUGGACGAUGGCCGGCCUCAGAAGAGCGUGCAAAAGCCUCCUCUCAGACAGGAGACCAACAUGGCCAACUUCUCCUACCGCUUCUCCAUGUACAACAUCAACGAGGCGCUGAACCAGGGCGAGCCGGUGGACCUGGACGCUCUCAUGGCUGACCUCUGCUCCAUUGAACAGGAGCUGACCCCAACUUCCAGACCAGGGUCAGGGGUUAAAGGUCAACAAGCCAAAGGUCAUCAGCAGAGGACACAAGUCAGUCAGAGCAAUGGGACCAGGAGCAACGCAGGAGGAGCGGGCAGCAGUGGAGGCAGCUCAAGCAGCAGCACCCGUGCAUCUCCUGCCAACUCUGUGCGUGGCCCCGCCUCUCGCCCUGCCCCUUCUGCGCUUUCAUUGGAUGAGAUUACCGCUCGUUUGGACCAGGCGUCUGCGAGCAUGGACCAGGCGGCUCGGGAUUCCUCCUCUUCCUCUGGCUCCUGCUCCUCCUCUGGCCCCACCCCCUCCUCUGGUCCUCCCCACAGGAGACCCUCGGCCGCGUCCACGUGCAGCACGGAAGGCAAGCCUGUGGGGGGAGCUGUAGAGCAGAGGGUCAGUGUGGAGUUGCUGGACACAGAGAGACAGAGCAGUGGACAGAACCAGACUGAGCAUUCGUAUCUGGACAGAGAGACAUCACUCAUUCUGAAAAACAUCGCAGGAAAACCAGCUCACCUCCUGACCAAGGAGGAGCAGGCGGCCAAACAAAAGGCUGAAAAGAUCCGAGUCGCGCUGGAAAAAAUCAAAGAGGCUCAAGUCAAAAAGUUGGUGAUUCGCGUUCACAUGUCAGACGAGAGCUCUAAGACGAUGAUGGUGGACGAGAGACAGACGGUCAGACAGGUCCUGGACUCUCUGCUGGACAAGUCCCACUGCGGGUACUCCCCUGACUGGAGUCUGGUGGAAACUAUAUCGGAGCUACGAAUGGAGCGUAUUUUCGAGGACCACGAGAACCUGGUGGAGAACCUCCUUAACUGGACCAGAGACAGUCACAACAAACUGAUGUUCAUCGAACGCAUUGAGAAGUACGCGCUCUUCAAAAACCCUCAGAACUAUUUGUUGGGGCGGAAGGAGACGACUGAAAUGGCUGACAGGAACAAGGAGGCUCUUCUGGAAGAGUGUUUCUGUGGUGGCUCUGUAUCUGUGCCUGAAAUCGAAGGAGUUUUGUGGCUCAAAGAAGAUGGGAAAAAGUCCUGGAAAAAAAGAUACUUCCUGCUCCGAGCCUCAGGAAUCUACUACGUCCCAAAGGGGAAAGCCAAAGCUUCUCGAGACCUGGUUUGCUUUCUUCAGCUCGAUCAUGUUAACGUUUAUUACGGUCAGGACUAUCGUUCCAAAUACAAGGCUCCCACAGACUACUGCCUGGCUCUGAAGCACCCUCAGAUCCAGAAAAAGUCCCAGUACAUUAAGUACCUCUGCUGUGACGAUGUUCGGACCUUACACCAGUGGGUCAACGGCAUUCGGAUUGCUAAAUAUGGCCGACAGCUGUACGUGAACUACCAGGACGCCAUGAAAAGGACCGAGGCUGCGUACGAUUGGUCAUCUCUGUCCACCAACAGUCUGCGGUCCGGAUCCAGCUGUACCAGCAUCCCAGAGUCCCAGUCGAACCACUCCGGGGAUAGUGGUGUAGACUCUGGUUCUUCUCAUGGACGUUCUCAGAGUGUGGUCAGCUCUAUCUUCUCUGAGGCCUGGAAGAGAGGAACCCAGAUUGAGGAGAGCACCAAGCAAAUGAGGAUGGAAGCAGCUCGAGCAGGAACUCUUCCUCACGGAGCCCACGGACACAAGCACCACAGUCAGCACUCUGUGGAUCUGCCUCCUCCUGCUCCUCAUCCUCCUCAGAGUCUACCCCAAAACCUACCCCAACCACCCCCUCCACAGGCCCAAAAUCUGCCCCAACCUUCUCCUCCAGCUCAGCCUCAACACCUAACCCACAACCAGCCCCAACAUCUACCCCAACAUCUACCCCAACCACCCCCUUCUCACCCUCACAAUCUACAACAGAAUCUAACCCAACACCUGCCUCCUGCCCCUCCUAACUCCCAGAAUCUGAAUCAGAAUCUACCCCAGAACCAGACCCACUCUCCCUCUCCUCAGCCUCCUCCAAAUCUCUCCUACAAAACCCACAGCCCCACUCACUCUCCCCCCUCCUCUGGAUCCAAUAUGGCGCCUCCCCUUCUUUUGCAAAAUGUUUCAAAUAAUAUCUUCCCUCCUCCUCCUCCAUCCGCUGCACCUCCUCAGACCUGUACUCCAGUCCGUGCUCCACCUUUGUCCAAUCCAGUCAUACAUUUCCCGCCUCCGCCCGAUUCCAGUUUAGACCCUGCCCCGUUGCCAUCUCCGGGGGUAACCAGCGAGUGUCCUAUCCCACCUGCUCCACCGGGUCACUCCAACCAAACUGUACCAAACCCGCCUUCACCUGCGACACCUGACGUACCACCUAUUUCUCCUCCUCCUAUGGCUAACCCCGCCCCUCCUCCGCCUCCUCCUCCUCCGCCUUUACCUGUCGAACAUUUGCCCCCGCCCCCACCUCCUCCUCCGCCUCCUCCUCCGCCCAUCCAAAGCAUCUCCGCUCACACCGCCGCUUUAAACAUGUAUAAAUUCAGCACUAUAACCAGAUUGCAAAACCAGAAUAACCAGGCCAGGCAGCAGAGCAUCCCCACUCCUCCCCCACCUCCUCCUCCUCCACCCGCACCUCCAGUUGUGGUCAAACCGGUCAACCACAUUGCAGCCAGGACAAACGUGCCACCUCCUCCUCUCCCUCCUCCUCUUCCUCCUCCUCAGUUCAGACCAAUGCCCGGUUCUGCAAUGGCAAAGCUUUCGAAUUCGUCCUAUUUCCCGAACGCCGCCGCUGAGUUCCCUCCUCCUCCACCGCCACCACCACCGCCUCCAGCAUUUUCAGUUAGCAGGAUAAUGCACACACCAUACGCUAAUGGGAUAAAGCAGGCGUUAAAAGAACGAUUUCCGAGCCCUCCGCGUGAUUUGUUGCCGCCGAAUUCUAGCUUAGAUGCUUCGACUCCACCCGCGCAAGCUCCACCCCAUUUACCCCCUCCUCCUCCACCACCGCCUCCCCCUCCUCCCCCUCCACAGCAGCAUAAAUCAGUCCCCCCUCACCCUACUCCGUUUAGUAAUCAAAUAUCAUCAAGCUUUCCUCCGCCACCUGCACCCAAAACGUACACUACCGGAUUUGUCCCGGCUAUACCAGUCUCUCCGGUUACUCCCUUGCCCCCUGCGCCACCUCCACCUGGUUCAGUCGGAUGCCACGCCCCGCCUCCCCCUCCUCCUCCACCCCCUCCCCCACCUGCUCCCAUGAAAAAGCAAUUCCAAAAUCCUCCACCAACAUUCCCCAAACAGCAUAGCAUCGCAAAGCCAAACUCAUUAGUCAAGCAAAUCGCCAGCCAGUUCCCAGGCUCCGCCCCCCACACGGACACGCCCAAACCGCCACUCUCUCCGCCCCCGCCCGCCGUCAAAACCAAACCAAAAUGGCAGCCUGAUUUCCCGCCUCCACCUUUGGAUAACCACACCCCUCCUCCUCCACCCCUCCCCUCUGCAGUAAGUUCUCCUUUAAAGAAAUCUCCACCGGAACCGCUCAAAAAGGCACCACCAACGCCACAGAGGAACGCCAAACCGGAAUCGUCCUCAUCAUAUUUGGAGAACAGACGGAAUCUUCUGAGUAAAUUUGGGCAGCGGACCUCCACCUCGGCUCCGUCUCCCCCUCCCUUGUGUCCCAACAGCUCCUCCCCGAAUCGGGACACCUCCUCCGGGCCGCCCGCUCCCCCGAAACCAGGAAAACUUAACUUAUCCCACUUACCUUUAGCUCUUCAGGCUAAAGUGAACCAGGCUAAAGGUGACUUCCCAUCUCCUCCUGCUGAUCCAAGUGUGUUUCCUCCACCUCCGAAUGCCUGCGAGCUCCUACCACCACCUCCGCCUCCCCCACCUCCUCCUAGCAACGACGCGCAUAACCCCAAAGUCGCUGUGGUCAACCCGCAACCCCAAGCUCCGCCUCCUCCUCCGCCCAUGCCUCUUGUCAACAAUUCCUGGAAUAAAGGUUCAUUAAAGAAAGUUAAUCCACCCAAUCCACCUAUUUCUCCUCCGACUUCACCCAAAAAUGGUUCCUCGGGGCAGGGGAAUUUUCUGGACGAUCUGCACAGGACUCUGAAGCGGAAGUCGGUGGGUAGGCAUGGCUCUCCGGACCAAAGCGGAGGACCCGGGGAGGAUUUGGCUCUCCCUCCUCCUCCUCCCGAGCUUCUGAAUGCGGGUGGGAAUAUUUCAGGCUAUGCAACGCUCCGACGCGGACCUCCACCCACCCCACCCAAAAGAGGAGACUGUACCAAGCUGACCGGGGAAUGCUGAGAAACUGUUACGAUUUUUAAAGGUUCUAUAUUAUGCUAAAUUGACUCUUUGCUCUGAGCU